AAAAGUAGAUAUUAUAUUAGUACUACUUUUUUUUUUUGAACUAUUAGUACUACUUAUAUAGAUAGAGUGCAUAUCUCCCUUCAUCUCACACUAGCUGCUUCCACUUACCAACAACAUUAUUUUCAUGGCUCCAAAGAAACACCAAAUCUUUCCUCUUUUCCCUCUCUUCUUUCUAUCUCUACUACAACAUAUUAUUAUUACACGGGGUUACGCCACUUCACAGCAAGAGUAUGAGAAGUGGUUAUUAUGGAAUGUCCAAAACCACCACUUGAGGAGGCUGGCCCUAGCUAAUCCACAGCCAAACGCCGCCGGUGCAUCGGGUGCUCCAUCCAAGACUUUAGAUGUGAGGCUGGAAAAUGCUGAGACUAAUAAAGUAAGAUGGACCGUCAAUCUAAAUGGAACAGGUGAUUACAAAACCAUCACUGAGGCUAUUGACAGUGUUCCAAUACGUAACACUAGGAGACUCAUCUUACAUAUCAUGCCUGGUGUUUAUAGGGAAAAGAUACACAUUCCUAAAACAAAGCCAUUCAUAACCUUUAUGGGAGACCCGGAUAACCCACCCAUCAUAACCGGGAAUGACUCGGCCUCGUCGACCCGAGGAGAUGGCAAGCCCUUGAGCACCUUCCAGAGUGCUACCGUCGCUGUGGAUGCUGAUUAUUUCAUAGCCUCCAAUAUAAUAUUUGAGAACACAGCAGCACAUAAUGUAGGUUCAGUGGGGGAGCAAGCAGUGGCACUAAGAAUAUCAGGCAGCAAAGCCUCAUUUUAUGAAUGUAGGUUUUAUGGGUCACAAGACACGUUAUAUGAUCACAAAGGCCUUCACUAUUUCCGCAAUUGUUUUAUUCAAGGCUCGGUUGACUUCAUUUUUGGCUAUGGAAGAUCAUUAUACGAGAAUUGUACAUUAAACUCGGUAGCAAAGAAGGUAGCAUCCGUAACGGCCCAAAAGAGGAGUAAGACAUCAAUGUCAAGUGGAUUUUCAUUCAAAGAUUGUAAGGUAACUGGAAGUGGUAAGGUUUACUUGGGCAGAGCAUGGGGUGAUUAUUCCAGGGUCGUUUACUCUUUCUCUUUCCUCGACAAACUUGUUAACCCUCUCGGCUGGAACGACUGGGGCAAAUCUAAUCGUGAUUCGAUGGUCUACUACGGAGAAUACAAAUGCAUUGGGCCUGGAUCCAACAUAACGGGCCGUGUACCUUGGUCUCGGGUCCUUACAGACAAAGAGGCUCAGCCCUUCAUUGGGACUUAUUAUAUUGAAGCCGACACUUGGCUAAUUAGCCCAUCAACGUGACCAAUAAAUGUACAAACUUCAUCAUCAACAACUUCUUAUUUCCUUGUUUUAUUUUGAAAUUGUUCAGCUCAUAAGACCUUCAAAUGAACAUCCAUCAAAUAAUACUUUAAUCUCUUACAUAAUAAUACUACUUUUUUAUA